UGCAAAACAGGAAGGGGCUAAACGGAACGCAGGAGAGAGCCCGCUGGGCUGGCGGCUCUGGCCCCUCGGCUGGAUCUGCUAGCGACUUGGGGUUCGACGGCGGGUUCGGAUGCGCCCUAGGCCGCGGGGAGUGGGGCGCGCGGCGGGGACCACAACUCCCAGGCGCCCGCGCGCUCGCCUCGCCCCGACCACGUGACCUCGAGGCCCAGGUAGCGAACGCGGCGGCGGCGGCGGCGGCGGCUGGUCGGACUCGGAGCCCGAGACCCGAGCGAGCUCAGGCAGCCCCGGCGCCCGGCCGCCCAGCGCGCUCACCAUGGCGGUGAGUCCCGGCGCCGCCGAGAGCAGCGGACGCGGGGUGGGCGCCGGGGCGCGGGUCCGCCUAGCAGCCGACCUGGCGCACUCCCAGAUGCAUUUCAUCUUCUCAGAUGAGGUAGUGCUUCUCUUUGAUUUCUGGAAAGUCCACAGUCCUACAGGCAUGGCCCUUUCGGUGUUGGUGGUCCUGCUCUUGGCUGUGUUGUUUGAAAGCAUCAAGGUUGGUAAAGUCAGGCUGCUCCACCAGGCCCUGGCAAGCCUGCCCAUCCCCACCAGCCAGCAGCUCAUUGAAGAGACAGACCAGGAUUCUUCAAACUCAGACUCACCCCCAGUCAGCAGAUCCCACCUCAGGUGGUUUUUGUGUCACUUUGGCCAGUCUCUACUCCACGUCACUCAGGUGGUCAUCGGCUACUUCAUGAUGCUGGCGGUCAUGUCCUACAACACCUGGAUUUUCUUCGGCGUGGUCCUAGGCUCAGGUGUAGGCUACUACCUGGCCUACCCACUUCUCAGCAUGACUUAGCUGGUGAGAGCCGUGCAGGCACUGAGGACUGGAGAGAGCGCUGGGACCUCUUCUUCCAGACACUGAACUUCCAGCCCCACACCUCCUUUUUCUCCUGAUGGCUGUUACUCACCUCUUUCCCAGCUCCUGGAGACUCACAGCCGAAGCCAGCACUUGCUCCCUGGAGUUCGGAGGACACUGCAGCUCCUCGGCCAGCCUGCAGAGAGCUCAGACAGCGUCUUUCUGUGCCUUAAGAAAGCUUCUGUGACCAGAAGGAAGUUGGAGAGACCAGAACCUAGGGGCAGGUUUGCUGAGCCCGUAAUGACUUCUGACUCAAACUUAAGCAUAUCCAAAAAUCUUCAAGACAGGGAGAUGGUUCUGGGUGAUAAGGGAAUGGACCCUGGAUACUCUGCUCUCCUGAUCUGUGCCUUAUCUAGAGGAGCAUCUUCGAAUGAACUGACUUCUGUCCCUAGGGGACAGAGACCACCGGCUCCUUUUUCUUACCUUUCUGCCUUGGGAUGGGUGACGAUUGUGCCUUCUUUGGAUCAUGUUGACAAACUUAAGAUUUCUCAUUUUUCCCAUUGAACUCCGGGUUGGCAAUUUUGCACAAUAAUACAAAAUUUUUACUGAAAUGAUUUUAUUUUAUUCAAUGAUGAUGGCAGCAUCUGCUGGGACCUGCUUCCCUUUCUUGGGGGAGAGAGUAAGUAACAGCAGAUUAAAGGCAGAAAAGGACUGUUAUCAAGGUCAAGGCUCUGACUUAUCCUCUGAAUAGAGUGAGCCCCUCACAUUAGAGGAAGAAGAUAGUUUAAUGGCUUCAGGUGUCCGGGGAGGCUCUUCAUGGCCUUGAUCCUAAUGCCCCCUCUAAUACCUGAUCCUUCUUUUAUGCAGAACCAAGAACUGCACUGAAUAAUAUUCAGUACUGCUGUUCUCUAUUUAUUACUUACUGCUCACCCAUAAUGAUCUGGUGGGGAAUCAUGAUUCACUCACUCAAAAUACUGAGUAAGCCAAGGAGGAUACUGACUGAAGAUGCAAUAAGCCAUCAAACCAAAGCAUUACAUUUAUAGAGUUAGGUGGGGCUCUCCAGGUAUUUGAACCUCUUCCCUUUAAAGAAAAGGAAGGAAGAGACCUAAAGAGAGGCAAAUCACUGCUGUGUACUGUCUACACUUAGGUACCUCAGGGGUUAGAUGAAAGAUGGUCUGAAGCUUUGAGAAUGAAAAAAGAAAUACACUGUAAUAAACAUAUAUUUUUAAAC